UUCUCUAUCCUAAAAUAUUGUAGUUUAUCUUUUGCGGUUCUGUGUUUCACAUCUUCCUGUGCUCUUACCCUUGCUUCCUGCCUCUUCUGUUUUCUGUUUCUCCAUUAGCUCUGUAAACCCAACUCCCCGAGCAAGUAUUUCUACCUUUCAAGCUGCUUACAGAAGCUAGAUGCCUUUUCUAGACAAACCAAUCCCAGACAAAACUGUCCCAGCCCUUGCACUUAUGCAGCUGCUCAUCUGACCCUAAUCCAUUUUAAAAGGAGAGUGCUGGUGGGUGAGGAUGGAGUCAGAGGAGGGAAGUCCUUGCUUGCCGACACCCAUGGGAGAAGCUGCAUUUUAACUCUUCCCUGAUCACUUCAAACGGAUUAUUCCUGCUCUCUUGAGCUUUUAUGAUCAUUUUAUUAGACUUCCUGGCUGUGCUUCAGUGGCGGGUGACUGAACUGAGUCUUCUCUGCAUCACGGUGAUUGUCGUAAUGUGAAGUUUAAUGAGCACCUGCAAAGCUGUGUAGCAGGCAGCUUUCUUUCGUCCUCCUGAACCUUUCCCUGCUUUGUGCCCACAUGAGAAAAGAGGGGUCUCUGCAUUCUCACCUGGCCCAGGGAGCAGAGCAAGAGCUGCUUUGGCUGCUGUCAGGAGGGGCCUACCUGUGACCACAGCACCUUCUGGGGGCUUUUGGAGCCCCAGGACUGCCACAAGAGGGUCUGCAGAAGGGAAGGAACUGCCAUGCCCGUGGGACUCUUCCGGGUGUGCCUACUGGUGAUCACAGCCAUUGUCAACCACCCGCUCUUCUUCCCUAAGGAGAAUGGCACGGUCCCUGAGAACACAGAGGAAAUCAUCCAGAAGAUGAAGGAGCGGGAGGAGAGCCUGCGGCUGGAGCAGCUGCGCUUGGAGCAGGAAAUCGCACACCAGGAAGCCACACAGAAGGCUCUGGAGGAGGCUGCAGUGGUAGUGGAGGAAAGCAAAGAGGGAAGGGUCCGAUGGGAUAUGUGGACUGCCCUCUCCAUGGUCAUCUUCCUGCUGAUCGAGCUCUGGAGGCAGGAUUUCCAGGAAGGGAAUUGGCAGGACAUAGGAGGAGAAGAGGAUGACAUGGCAGUGCUGGGGAAGGCAUUUAAAGGAGUGGCCUUGCCCGACAAGGCUGUCCUGGCCAGCUUCUAUGAGAAGCGUAUCCUGGGUACCACUGGAGACAUGGCCAGGAUGCGGGAGAUGGUGGAAGGCUUUGCAGAUGACCUGCUGGAGGCCUUGAGGAGCGUCUGUAACCGGGAUGCUGACAUGGAAGUGGAGGAUUGCAUGGGUGUGGGGAGCAUGUAUGAGAACUGGAGAGUGCGCAAACCCUUCGUCUGUGAUCUGAUAGUGCCUUUUGCUCCCCCGGAGCCUUACUGCUUUCGCUGCCACACCUGGUGCUCUGGUGACUCUUUUCCCCCAGAUGAACAAGGUUAUGGCACUAUCAAGGUGUGCAGGGCAGAUGAGGAUGUGACGGGCUGCAUCUGUGACAAGACAAAACUAGGGGAAGAUAUGCUGUGCCUCCUCCAUAGCCAGGUCAGUAGUACCAAGCCCAGCAGUGAGAUGGAAGACCUCCUGUGCUUCAAAAACACUCAAUAUCUGGAUGCUGACCAAGUCAUGAAGUGGUUCCAGAUUGCUGUCACCAAGGCCUGGAACAGAAUCUCCCACAAAUAUGAAUUUGACCUUUCCUUCAGCCUCCUGGACUCGCCAGGAGCCCUGAAGAUAAAAUUUAAAUCGGGGAAAUCUAUUGCCUUCAACCUCACCCCUGUGGUGCAGUAUGAGAACUCUGACGUUUACUUCAUCUCCCACUUCCCUCGGAGCAGCCUGGCAGCAGAUAUCCCCUCCAGCACCCACUGGUUUCUCACCUUUGCAGUGUAUGAGAGGAGGUUCAUCCAGCUGGUCUCCAAAACACUGCCUGCCAAUGCCUGCCACGUCAGCUGCCUUCAGAUCCUCUCCUUCCUCCAUGGGAAGCAGUGCAGCCUCACAGGUCCCAGUGGGCUCACCAACUACCACCUGAAAACAGUGCUGCUGCAUCUCCUGCAGGCACGUCCCAGCCAGGACUGGGCCCCAGAAAAGCUGGAGGCCCGCCUACAGGACAUGCUGAAAUUCCUAGAGAAAUGUUUGCAUGAAAAGAAGCUUUAUCACUUCUUUAUUGGCAAUGGGAAGGUACCAGCAGAGCUGGGUUUCCCCAUCAUAUUUCAGAGGGCUGAGCCUCUCAACCUUUUCCGUCCCUUUGUGCUGCGCAGGGACAUUUACAGGAAGAUGGUGGACACGUUCCACGAGAUGCUCAGGAACAUGUCUGCACUGAUAAACGAGUACACAGUGCACAUUCCCCUUGCACACACCAAUGGGAUCCGUAAGGAACCCCUUUAACCAAAGCCUAACUCUAAGCACAAGUCCAGAGGGCAGCUUUCUGAAGCCUCCUGGAGACAACUGACUUUGCCAGUAGAGCUUCUUGUCUGGAGCUGAACCAGUCCUGGGCCAUGGUUCCUGCUGAAAGGAAGAGGCUUGGGGGGGAGAAUAGGGAGAAACUGGAAGAUGUGGUGGUGAAGUAGGUUUCUGUUCCACUGCUGUGCCUGGUUUUAUGCAGCUAAGAAUAUAUUUUUUCUAUUGUGCCUCGGUCAUGCUACAGCAGUGGUGAGCAAUAAAUAUACGUAAUUUAUUCAGAUGCCUGCAAUGCAAAUGGGGGCGGGGGUGUGAUGGUGGCCAAAUACUUCAUUUCCUUCAGAAGGGACAGAUAAGAAGAGGGUGGGGGAAUCAGAGACAGGAUCUUGGGAUCAAAGGAGCCUGUCUGCUUGCAGACAGCAGGAGCUCUUUCACCAAUGGGAAGUGCAACAUCAGUCUACAUGCUGGUGUGGAGAGGAGGAGGGUCAUGCACAAGGUCUGGACUGGAUGGAGGUCCUUAAAUAAAGCACAGCUUCAGAACUGUAGUUAAAAAAAAAAAAAAAAGAAGAAGAAAAAGCCUUCUUGACUGGACUUGCAGCAGUAACUUAUAUGGCUUGUCCUGUCCUCCAGAAAUACUCCUGCACAUUUUUUUCUCCUGUGGGAGGAUGUAGCAGAGCAGGGUCUGUGUCUUCAGACCAUUUCAUUUGAGUCUUCCAUGGGAACAUGGCUAGUGGUUUAUAUUCCUGCCCAUUUUGUAUGGAUCAAUGAACAGGAACUUUUAUUAUCUUAGAUAAAAGAAACACCACUAUUGGGUUCUGACAUUUUGGGUUGUUUGUUUUCGUUACCUCAGGGCACCGAAGUGUGAGAACAGCCUAGAGAGAAAGGAAAAGCAGGGCUUGAACUAUAUCAUCUUUGAAGGUCCCUUCCAGCCUAAACUAUUCUGAUUCUAUGACUGCUGUAAGUUUUGAUUUCGUAAAAGAAGCAGUUCUCCAAAAUUAUCCUGCAAUGAAGCCAAUCUCAGAAGUCUGGAAGCAGGAGUGAUCACCCUCCAUUUGAGAGUGUGACUCUCUGCACAUGGUUUUAAUUAGGCCAAGGCCAGCAGGGAAGGAAGGGAUAAAAAAGAUGCACAUGUAGUAGAUCUGAGCAGUGCUGCUUGCAGCUGCCUUAUGAUCCAUGUUGCAUCCCUUCUGUUCCAUAUAUGCAGGCAAAAGCUACUUUAUACAUUCUCUUCAAUCAUUUUAAAGACUGCUGCUCUGAGGACCUGCACUAGUAGACUGUAAUUUGCUGAGCUGGGAGUGCAGAGGAGGAGAGCUGCCACAGGCUUUCAGACCAGGAGAGAAUCUUGAGGCAUGUGCUAAAAAAAAAAAAAAAUUGCAGAAACAGAAAUGCCUGAAAUCCCACAGGAAGCAUGUUAGUGCUGUGCCAGUGGGCUGCCCAGCCCCAGCAAGGUGGCUUUCCUGAAGGAGAGGACUCAGGAGAUCCUCACCCUCCUGAGUGUGGGGUCCAAACCAGGGCCCCAGUGCAUAAUUGCUUUAGCUAGUCCCAGAAGCCUGGCCUCCAGUGCUAGGGGACCUUUCCCACCAUUUUCUCACACUAGGAUUCCCUGCAAAGUUUUACACUAGGGCUUCCCUUAAUCCCGUUUACAAGAGAGUGGUGGUUCUGUGAGGUAAGACCUGUCAGAGAUCCUUUUAACAAUCCUGUAUCACUGCUGGAAGCAGCACACAGCAUGAAGCUUGUUAUCCUGCCUUAUCCAGUUGAUAAGCAAACUUUCCAUAGACAUGUCCUCUCUUCCCUCUUCCUGGUAAAAACUGUUUCAUCACCUCAUUGGUGUCUGCUCUUCUCUGUCCUGCCACCACUGAGGGACACUUCACACACAGAGGCAGAGGAAGCUGUAACUGCUGUCUCCACACCUGGUUUAUAAGAAAGCACAGAUGGUGGCAGAGCUAUGCCCAAAGUGCUGCCUCCCUUGGCUUUUAUUACCACAGGUAGUUAAGUAGGGUCUCUGAACAGAAAGUAAGGGGUAGGUAGGAAUGGGGGAGAAGAGGCUGGUGGGUAAUGACAGUAGGAAAAAGUCUUGGAUCAUCAGUGCUUACUUCAGCAUCCUUGGUGAUGAGUGCCUGGGAGACUGCCAGGAGAGCAGCAGGGCAGGACUAAUUGCUGACGCUAACGAGUGCUGUAAAUCCCUGGCUUUCCAAGUACAGCCAAGAAGGCUUUCCCCAGUAGGAAAGAGAGCAGGAGCAAUCUCAAGGGCCAUGGCAAGCAGGUAGUGACAAGCAGAGGUACAGGGAGGGUGGGUCAGUACUGGAGCCCGGAGGCUGCCUCAGAAGCUGUGUAAGUCGUUUGCAAACCCAGGUGAUUUGCCAUUUUUACCUGCCCAGGUUUUAUUGCAAAGUGCCUGCAGCAGACCCAGCUUUACUUGGACUGCUGGCAUGUAAAGCAGGCAGGUCACUCUGGAGCAGUUGUGGUUGAAGUUGCUUCUAAAUGUGCUCCCAGCCCAGCCAGAGAGAAAUUAGAAUUUCUCUGCCAUUUCCUGUCAGGAGUCUAAAUUUAGACUGUCCAAAGAACAGAAACAAAUUUAUGACCCAGGUCUCUCAGGAAAUGACAUUCUGAGUAGAAAAAUAACUUUUAUAUAAGGUUGAGCAGGAGGACCAUGAGAAGAAAAGGCUGUUGAACAGAAUAAGGUAACUCCCCUAUUAAAAUGUCAGAACAAAGCUUUGCAACACCAGUUGCAAAGGGCUUGUAAACGUGCCCAAACUCGCCUUUACACAGCCCCAAGCGCUGCUGCUCAGACUCAAAGGGAACCUGAACUGAUAAGUGGAUUGAAUCUUUUGUUCUUUGUUUUCUGUACUUGUAUGCCUGUUUUCUCUUAUGCCCAAACUGACCCUGAAGUAUUCCCACGGGGUUUAGUUGAACAGAAGCUGGAGUUGAAUCAAGUAAUUUAUGGAUUUGAUCCCACUGAAAGCAAAUUGUUUGGCAUAGUUUUCCUACAUGCAAUAUGCUCAUUUUUCCCUGAGCACCUUUAAAGUGAUCUGGUCUGUGCAUUUAGGCUGUGAGGGGACCCACUCAUACCUGUUGGGGGGAAAUGUUAUCUGUGAUUAUAAGCUGCGCUUCAGUCAGCCUCAGAGUGGAGAUCUUCCUUGGAAACCAAGGUACAGACAUGUCCCAUCAGAGGAGAGCCUGGUACACAGUGUUUCUUUGGACCACACUUCUGCCAUGGUACAAGGAGGCUGUGAUGUGAAGCACAUCAUUCCUUGGACUUCCUUGUCUCUCCAGGAUCAAAUCUUUGCCCACCAAAUACUAGCCUAUUAGUAAGAGCCUAGACUCACAUUUCACAAAAUAAGGUUUAUAAGACAAUUCAGUUUCAGCAGCUGCCAGUCAGUAAAAAUGUCUUAGGACAUUUUAGUGUUGCCCAUGGGCAGUUCUGCCUUGGUUGAAAUCUGGGUGGGUGAUCAUAGGAAGCAGCUUUAAAGGAUGGGAGUAGAACGGAGAUUUUGUGGUUUAAAGUGAAAAACGAUUUUUUAAAACCAAACUGCUUAUGGCAGUUACCUGAGUAACAAACAUAUUUUUGACAAUGCCUGUAUCUCUGUGAGAUAUCCUAAAGAAAAGUAAACAGCCUGUCCUGGACUCUCAGCGCUGUUCUUGCCAUUUGCUAACCAGGAGAAUUCAACACAUGAACUCCAAGUGCCUUCCACUGGUUUCCAGCCACUCCCUGAGCCCUCAGCUUGUGGUUUUAAUAUUUUAUUACAGGCUCUGUCAAAGCAGUGGAAUUAGUGGUGAGUUGAUAGCAACCACUGAUCUACAGCAUAGCCUCAGGAUCCAUUUGCCCUUAGAAAAUGUCUUGGUCUAAGGUUAUUAUUGCUGAACAGGAGCUGAAUGUCUGCUAAGGGCUGGUGUUGGGUGUUCACUGUUAAGCAGCCACAGAAAAGAGUUUCUCUCUUUCCAAGCUGCUCUGUAUACAGGUAUAUACAGGGGUAUAAAGAUGUAGUUUAGCCAGAUGAUCCAAAAAUUUGUCCAGUAUUCAAGCAGCAGGAUUGGGUGAUUGUUCACCAGCCAUUUUUAAUGCAAAGUUUUUGUAGUGUUUUCUCUGUGGUGAGGAAGUGAGACUUCAGGCACCUGUAACAGCUUUGCUGCUGCUAGUGAGGAGUUGUCUCACAGCACCUACCUGGUAAACAGCUUUAUUUAUUACUUGGGUUUUUUAGAAUUGGGGGGGGUGUGUGUGUAAUGUGUUAGCUCAGAAGCAAAACUGUAGUACAGAGAUGAAUUUGGCAAUGGAGCCAAGAUGGGCAAUAAUACCAGAACUCUCCAGACUAAGGUCUUCCUUGAUGGACAAUGCUGUACUUAAACCACUGCUUCUAUAGCAGGACACUGUUGAAUUUGUAUAGAUCUCAUGCAGCUUUAUUUAUAAUAAAGGAAGUCUUGUACAAAA